GUUUUGGUGGUGUUGUCAUUGUCGCUGUUGCGUAGUCUCUUUCACCAUGUUGCGGUCCGCCAACCCCGCCAUCGCCAAGGCGCUGCAGCCCCUCCUGGAUGGACCGAAGUUCGCGGUGGUGUACUGCGGCAACCACCAGUACAAAGUUGCUCCUGGCGACGUCAUCGCAGUUCAGCGCCUGCGUGCGCCGAUUGGAAGUCAAAUCGCGUUAAAGAAGGUGUUAAUGGUCGGCGGCCCACGCUUCACCGCGAUCGGCCGCCCGCUGCUGGAGCACGUGCGCGUGACGGCGGACGUGGAGGAGCAGAAGAGGAUGCGCAACGUCGUGUCGCUCUUCACGACGGCGGGGCGGCGUCGCAUGCGGUGGGUGGACGCCCAGCACGCGGCAACGAUCCUGCGCAUUCGCGAAGUCGUCUAUGAACCGACGGUGGUAGGCGAGUUGGAUAAGUACGAUGGGGUGGUAUUGAAGGACUUCACCGCGGAGCAGCACACAAAUCCGGUCUUUGCUGCGAAUGAUGGCUACGAUCUCUUCUAUAAGAAGGAUUGGGACAAGGUCGAGCACGCCUCUGCGUUUUUAGAUAUGAUGGACGACGCCACAGCCGCAGCCGCGCCUGGCGAUAAAGAAACUUAA